CGCUACAUGUAUGGCAUUAUCUUCCUGUCAACAAAUCUAGUUGCUUGGUUUAUUCGAGAUUAUGGGCAAAGGACUAUACCUCAGCUACAUUUAAAUCGUACUGGUCUAUUUCGACUGGAAGAAUAAGCAACUAUGGCUUAUGGUUUUUCCUUUUGGUAAACAAAUGUCUCUACAGAUCUUAAGUCAUGUGGAGCAGGAGGACAGGAUUGUUUUCACACGCUCGGAGUUCUUCGCGUGAGCUUAGGAUGUUUUGUAUCUUUUUUUUCCCAUCAUAUUAAAGAUUAGAAUAAUUAUUUUCCCUCUCUUAAGGUGGGCUUAUUUUUUCUGGAAAAGAGGAAAAAUGGUCUUUCCUAUGCAGUGAGUUCCUUGCAUUGUUACAUUGUAACUAGAACAAUGGAGUUGACAUGUCUCAGCCAACGUGGAACUUAUUCUUCAUUCGAACACUGUGAAUUAAAAAAAAAAAAAAACGAACUUAUGGUUUAUGACCGCAGCUCUUCAUUAGAGAACUGAACUGCUCCUUCCUUAUUCCUUACCUUUUUAUCCUUUAAGGACCAAAUCCUUUACAACAAGUUCAGAUAUUUUUCUUUCUGAUGUUUCUAUCUACAUCCAGAACAAGAAAAUUACACGAACCUCGAAAUGCCUGGCAUUCUAGAUGGUGGAGCUUGAAGUUCAUUGUGUUUAUUGUUUCAAUGGUGGUUCCUUUCUUCUUCCCUCCUGCUCUUAUUCAAUUAUAUGGUGAACUUGCUCGUGUAGGCGCAGGGAUAUUUCUCCUCCUGCAAUUGGUAAGUGUUAUCCAGUUUAUCUCAUGGUGGAACAAGUACUGGAUGCCUGAUGAGAAGACAAAGCAGAGCUGCUCCCUUGGAUUAUUCACAUCGACGAUUUUUUACAUAGCUUCUUUCUGUGGGGUUGGCUUAAUGUACUCCUUGUAUGUUCCAAAAGUGAGAUGUGUUCUUAAUAUAUUCUUCAUCUCUUGGACUUUGAUUCUGCUAAUUGUGAUGAUGGUCGUAUCUUUACAUUCAAAGGUCAAUAGAGGUCUGUUGUCAUCUGGUAUCAUGGCUUCAUACGUCGUCUUCCUCUGCUGGUCUGCCAUUCGAAGUGAACCUGCGACAGAUAAAUGCAGUGCACGGAAACAAGAGAGCGGGAAUAGCGAUUGGAUCACAAUUCUUAGCUUUCUAAUUGCAAUAUGUGCUGUUGUCAUGGCAACCUUCUCAACUGGUAUUGAUUCACAAUCAUUUCAGUUUCGCAAGGACAAGGUGAAAGAGGUAGACGAUAUUCGCUACAAGUAUGGUUUUUUCCAUCUCAUAUUCUCCUUAGGGGCCAUGUACUUUGCAAUGCUCUUCAUCAGCUGGAACCUCAACAACUCAGCCACAAAGUGGAGCAUGGAUGUUGGAUGGGCAAGUACAUGGGUUAAAAUCGUUAAUGAAUGGUUUGCAGCCACAAUAUACUUGUGGACAUUGAUUUCUCCAGUGGUGAGACAGGCAAAGGUCAGGGAUCAUGAAGAACAAACUGUGCAGGAAGCAAAUGAUUCAUCAAUUGCUUGACUUUGAAUUUUGGAAGAUUUUCUUUCCGUAUUCUCAUUCAUCUCCAUCCCAUUUUUUCCCCUUUUAUAAAAAAAAAAAAUUAUUUCCUGUCAUUGUUAUUCUUUUAAGAUGAGAAAUGGAAAAAGUGUCACAAGAUUCAACAGAUCCCUUUACUGUGUUGAA